CAAACGUGAUGUGAACUUAUAUUAUAUUUUAACGUUAGUUGAAAAUACAUCAGGACGUUGUCACGGCACGACUCUGUUCAAAGGAAAAGGAGCAUCAUCUGAAGUAUGCAGUCACUGGUGGGUAUUUUGGUUUUCGGGAUGUUUGCAAUGACAGUUGCAUAUCAGAGUGGAGAGCAAGUGAACAACAUGGUGCAUAGAGACGCACCCGAGGCACCGCCGAGGAGAAAGGGAGAUCACGAAGCCAUUCGAAAAAAGUUGCAAGAUGCUGGUGUAUUGAGAGUGUCAGAAGAACAAAACUUAGUGCCCCUUAUUGAGUACACUGAUGGUUCUGGGAUAUCAGGACAAUACAUCGCUCGACUUUUGCCUGGUGCAAAAUACGGUCCAAUCCGUAGAAUCAUCAAAGGAGCUGGACGAAGACAACGAGUUAAGUUUAAUAGAGAAAAGAAUUUCGUCAUUCUGCGCAACAUAAGUAAAAGCAACCUCGAAGAUUUGCUUCAACUCACCAAUGUCAUUGCGGAAAUCGAACAGGACGUCAAGUUAGAACUAAACACUGAAUACUGCAGAGAGUAUACUUUACCAAAUAAUGCCAAUAGAAGAGGUCUAUGGGGGUUGGAUGCUCUUGAUGGUGAUGCAUACAAUUACAAGUAUAACAUCUGGGGCGAUGGAAAGGGAAUAGAUGUAUAUGUGGCAGACACAGGUAUCAAUCCAAACCACGAAGAUUUCACAGGGCGAGUUACUAUUGGCUGGCCGACAUCUACAAGUGUUGACAACGAUGGUCAUGGUACCCACGUGGCCAGUAUCAUUGGAGGAACCAAUUCUGGCGUGGCAAAGAGUGCUAACAUAAUUUCCUUGAAGAUUUGUUCAUGUCGGGGAUUUUGUCCUGUGUCAGAUAUAUUGAAGGGGUCCUUGUGGGUAAAGGAAAGGGUGCAAAGCAAUAGGCGACUCUCCGUUAUUAACUUCAGUGUUGGUGCGUGGUUCUCCAGUUCUCUGAACGACGCAGUCGAUGAUGUACUCGCAGCUGGAAUCCCCGCAAUUGUUGGAGCGGGUAAUGCCAAUGCAGACGCUUGCAAUUAUUCUCCAGGUAGCACGCCCAAUGCCCUUACUGUCGGAGCGUUUAGUGAGGACUUUGAAGAGCCUAGUUUCAGCAACUAUGGUUCUUGCUUAGAUCUUUACGCCCCGGGUGAAGAUAUCAAAGGUGCUGAUUUCUCUGGAAACAAUACAUAUACUUUGCACGGUGGCACCUCUACGGCAGCUGCGUUUGUGACCGGCGCUGUGGCUGCCUUGUUGCAGGUCCUCAGAGAUAACGGGACUAUCAGCUCACCCUCUGCCCAGGUCGUCAACUACACCAAUGAGUACAUCAUAAAGUACGCAUUGCCUGGAAAACUUACGGAUGUCAGUGAAGCCAAUUUGGCUUUGUCUACUCCAUGCUUGGUUAUUUGA